GAGCCGACUGCCGUCCGGUUUUCAUCCGCCGCUGCCCAAUUCCAUAUCCCCUUUGAUCUAGGGACUAUUACAACAAUAAUCUACGCCGAAAGAUAACUCUAUGAAAAUUGUGUGUUUCUCUUGGAUUCCGAGUGAAUAUUUAGUCCACGCAUGCUCUUGUUCUGAGGAAGGAUCGUAAGAUUUUUGCCAGUUUCUUUCUCGCUGUUUGAAGUUAAACCUUUUGGUGUCGGACUACAAUCAGUGUGAUGGCGGGUGAGACGAAGGCGGACGUAAAUGCCGCCAAGAUUCCGAUGAUCGGCGCCACAGUUAACAGGCUCGCAGAAGUCGGUUGCUGGCAAAAGACGCUAGCAUGGAUGAAGAUCAACUUGCUGCUGAUGCUCACUAUCCUCGGUGUGCUGGUGGGAAUUCUCUUCGGAUUCUUGGCGCGCAUGGGAAAUUACAGCGAAGAUGUGGUAGCCCUCGUCUCAUUCCCUGGAGAAAUCCUGAUGCGCAUGUUAAAAAUGCUCAUUCUUCCACUCAUCAUCUCAUCCAUGAUUUCAGGUCUGGCACAACUCGACCCCAAGUCUUCCGGUAAAAUGGGCGCCCGAGCCCUCGUCUAUUAUUUCUCCACCACCAUUCUAGCAGCCAUAGUCGGCAUCGUCCUGGUACUCAUCAUUCAUCCAGGAGAUCCUUCCAUCAAAGAGGAAGUAGGCACUGGCACAGAAGAAAAGAAGGUCUCCACUCUUGAUGCCUUCCUAGAUCUCAUCAGGAACAUGUUUCCCGAAAACUUACUGCAAGCUUGUUUCCAGCAAGUAGAAACAAGUUAUUCUAAGGAAAAGCCAAAAAUCAUAAAAUUAGACAACUUCACAGACGUCAUCAACGAGACACAAUACAUUACAAAAAGAACUCUCAGUUACAAGGAUGGAACAAACGUUCUUGGAUUGAUCAUCUUCUGCAUCGCUUUUGGCAUUUUCGCUGGCAACAUGGGGCCAGACGGAAGAAUCAUGGUUCAUUUCUUCGUCGUCCUCAAUGAGAUUGUCAUGCGCAUUGUUUACCUCAUCAUGUGGUAUUCUCCUAUCGGUAUCAUGUCGCUGAUCGUCGGUAAAAUUAUGUCCAUUGCUGAUCUGGCCCUCACUGCUCAGCAGCUUGGAAUGUACAUGCUGACGGUCAUCAUCGGAUUGCUCAUUCACGGCGUUAUAACGCUACCGGGGCUCUACUUCUUGAUCACACGGAAGAAUCCACUCACGUUCUUCCAAGGAAUGUUGCAGGCUUGGGUUACAGCUUUGGGGACAGCUUCCAGUGCUGCAACACUACCGAUCACGUUCAAGUGCUUGGAGGAGAACAACAAGGUGGACUGCAGGGUGACGCGAUUCGUGUUGCCCGUGGGUGCAACGGUCAACAUGGACGGAACGGCGCUCUAUGAGGCUGUGGCUGCACUCUUCAUCGCACAGAUGAACGGAAUCGUACUUUCUGCUGGAGAAGUCAUUGCAGUUAGUCUUACAGCCACAGCUGCUAGUAUUGGCGCGGCAAGUGUUCCAAGUGCGGGUCUGGUAACUAUGCUUCUUGUGCUGACUGCAGUCGGUCUUCCAACGCAAGACAUAUCCAUGAUCGUAGCAGUUGAUUGGCUACUGGACCGAAUCAGAACAUCUGUAAACGUUUUGGGCGAUGCUUACGGCGCUGGCAUUGUGUAUCAUUUGUCUAAGAACGAACUGGACCAGAUGGAUGCUGAACUAGCGGCCAGGGAAGAAGUGGAGAUGCUAGAUACGAGAAAAUUCUCAAUCGGACCGAGAGGUAGCAUCGGCAGUGGACACGAUGGUAAAGGCCACAACAUUAAAGGAGGAGAAGAAAGCCAAAUCUGAUGGAAUUCAUUUAUUUUUUUAUAUCGAAUCAACUGGUUGAUUGAAACAAAUUUGUCGAUUUGCAACAACCGCGUUCGGAUGGAAGCGGAGCACCAAAAAACAUUAAUGGACUGCUGUUGUUCGAGAACAAUUGGGCAGUUUUCGUCGACUGAAACAGUUAAAUGGAGGUUCGAAAAUAACUGCUCAAUUGUUGUUGGAAGGAAUGAAUCUCUUUUUUUCUUGAGAAACUGAUAUUUGUGAUCGAAAAGGACUCGACAGGUUGCAUUGGCAAUUAAACAUUUGUGAACGGAAGCUCUUUUCUUAAAAUAUGCUGAAAUUGGUUGAAAAUUCAAAUAAGAAGGCAGAAUGAAAUAUAUUUUUGAAACAUUAUCGCUCUAGGACCUUUUACGAAACAGCAAAAAAAUAAUUGUGGAACAUUUAUAUUUGUUACAAAACGAGACGUUAAAUACGUGUAUUUAUAAAAACUUUAAUAAUUUAUCACAUCAUGACAUAAUUGAUAAAUGCUAUUUUGGACUGCCAUUUACACACACAAUUCCUUUGUUUUACUUAAUGAAUUGAACUUGGACUUGUAAUGCUUUCCAUAAUAAAUGAUCGCAUGUGUUGAUUGUUUUCAUUCAGAUUUUCAAUGUAUUGGAGUUCCAUGUAUUACGGCCAGUGCAUGGUGAGUUGAGAUUAAAUUAACGAAUUAAACAUUUUAUUUUGUGUUUUACAUUUAUUCAAACAUAUACUUUAUUGUGCGUACCUUCAGAAACUCAAAUUUCAGUAAACUGAUUUUAAAAUGUUUAAAUAAGACCACAGAAUCUGGUAAUAUUUGUGCUAACAGUUCUUUUUCAGUUUUCCAAAAAGGCACCCGUUUACAAGAAAUAUUUCUCAUUGCACAUAACUCCAUUCUUCAUUUUCUCUUUUUUCAUUUUUGAUAUAUUGCAGAAAUUUUGCUUAAUUUGGCAACUAAACCAAGAUAUAAUUACUUACACAUCUUCCUGUAUUUUUUAUUUUUUGCUUUUCAAUUGAAAUUAUUCUCUUACAGCCUUCUGCAAGUUCUUCCUCUCUUCCCACCUCGUCUUCCAUGUUUCUUUCAAACGAUAAAAGAACAUGGGGGGGGGGGGUUACAUGUGCGUAAUAUUUUUUAUAACAGACAAUGAGAAUAUCCACUUUUAACAUUUAUUUUUAUCAAAGCAAUGUCAAAUGAAAUCAUGCUUAUUACAGAGUCUAUUUAUUUUUCAUUUUUGACAUUCAUGUUUAAUGAACAUAUUUGCAUGGUGCUUUUCACUCUGCUCAAAUUUUCGAGUUUCAUUUAUGAGUUGCACAGUUUUUCAUUGCUCAUUAAAAUGUUGUUGUAUGUUGCUUAGAAAAUGCAUUAAAUUUGCAAAUUGGUACACAACAUAAAUAUUUCAAUGAAAAUCAAUGUGAAUUUCAUAUUUUUUUACCCUUACAAGCCGAAAUGUACUGUCUUUUGCCUAAGUGUUUGUGGAUGUACUUGAACUUGUACAUAAUUUUAGGUUUUUAGUUAUCAUCAUAGUGUUUUUGUUAAUGCAACUGAAUCUUUCUAUCAUGUGCUUUGACCUGUUAAAAUGUAUAAGAAAGUUACUUUUCUUUAAUAAAAUUUUUCUCAAAA